AUGGAUCGGGUCCGAUUCAUUUCGUAUCGCCGUGUGUCUGCGCAAGAUGAAGGCAAUGGAGAUGAUCAAAAGCAUGUGCCGGUGGCGAAAUUGCAGAUCGGCGACGUUCUGUUCGAUCGGCUGAAGGUCCCGCUUUGGAUCACUUCAGCGGUCUACGAAGGGGAUGCAUCCAACGAGUACGCGAUGAAAGAGGUGGACUGUCGUUGCUUCUUGCCUCCCAACCAUAUGAGGGUCCUUUCCCUUGUCAUGCCACGUCUCGCCGACAACGAGCAGCAGGAAUGGCGUGUGGAGCUGCAUAAGAUGUUCAAUCUUUCCUCAAGUCUGCCAUGUCUGCGGUCCAUGCAGUCGCUCAAUUUCACUGCCAACUCUGGUUUCCUCCGAAAUCCCCAUCUAGCUAUCAAGAAUUACAAGCCCGCCGGGCGGAUCUCUGCCGUCAAGGGUUCCUACGAUUACUACCAUUACAAGCAGCAGGGGAUUGACGAUAAUGGAUGGGGUUGUGCAUACAGAAGCCUGCAAACUAUUUGGAAUGCGGUCGGAAUCGAUUGCUCUUAUAUCGCCCAAUUCAACGAUAUUUCGGAGAAGGCGCGUGAGCUGCAGGUCCAUUUCGACACCGUCGGAUCGCCAGUGAUGAUCGGUGGUAACAUGUUGGCCCACACGAUUCUUGGCGUCGACUUUAACGACACCACUGGAGAAUGCCGCUUCCUCGUGCUAGAUCCUCACUAUGUAGGCGUCGACGAUGUGCAUGUUGUGACGAACAAAGGCUGGUGCGCGUGGAAGUUCCCGUCGUUCUGGAAGAACGGGGUCGACGCCGGUGGCCAGCCAAUCAACUACAACAUUGUCAAGCCGCAGCUGCCGGCUAAUAUCAUC